AUGCCAGAUGAGCAUAGCGACUCUAGUGAUUCGGGUGGUUCGGUUAACGGGAAUUUAGAAUCAUUAAAACAAAAAAGAAAAAAUGCAAAGUCAGCAUUAACGCGGUUUGAAACUUUUGUAAGUAAAUUUAAAAGUGGGGAUAACAUUGAAAAUUUGAAGGCUAGGACGGUUAAAAUAAAUAACGUUCUCGAUGAAUUUAUGGAGAUACAAAACAAAAUUAUUAAAAUUGAAGGUGAAAGUGAUAAAUUAGUAGAUGAAUUGACAAAUUUCGAGAGCUCUUUCUUUUCGGUUAUCGGUUCUGCUAAUUUGAUGAUAAACAGAGCAGAGAGGUUGACACAAAGUUUGUCUCAGUCACAAAUAAACAGUCCUCUGACUCAUCAUUCACUUUCCGAUGUAAAUUCAGUUUCUAGCCACGUCAAACUGCCUACAAUAAAUAUACCUACCUUUUCGGGAGCUUUUGAAUCUUGGUUGAAUUUUCGCGACACUUAUAGUUCUUUGAUUCACGAAAAUAAUUCGCUCUCUAAUGUGCAGAAAUUUUAUUAUCUCCGAUCCUCUUUGGCGGACGAAGCCGCGGAACAAAUUCAAUCUUUGGAAACGACCGAAGCAAACUAUGAAGUUGCUUGGUCGAUUCUCAAAGAGCGUUAUGAAAACAAUAAUUUAAUCAUUAAUAGUCAUAUAGACGCUAUAUUUGAAAUUCCGAGUUUGGCGCGAGAAUCGUAUAAAGGUAUUCGUCGUGUGCAUUCAAGCAUUGAAAAGAAUAUUCGCUCUCUGAGGGUGCUCGGCGUGCCGGUAGAUGGGUGGGAUAUGAUUUUAAUUAAUAUAAUUAUGUCUAAAUUAGACCCCAUUACGUUGCGCGACUGGAAAGGUUUUAAAAUUAGUGGUAAAAUUCCUACAAUUAAGGAAAUGUUAAAAUUUUUGUCUGAUCGUUGCCAAAUUCUUCAGGGCAUAAAAACAGAAAAGGCCAAGGCCAACAAUACAAAAUCGAAUGACAAUGCGUCACGUUCGCGCCAUGCGUCUAAAACCUUGUUGACAGUCGAUUCCGAGUAUUGUUUUCAUUGUAAAGGCUCUCAUUUUAUAAAUGCAUGUAGCUCAUUUUUAAAACUUCCGGUAAAAUCGAGGAUUGACGAAGCGCGCAAAUUGCAUCUUUGCUUAAAUUGUCUAAAAAAAAGGCAUAAUACGCGCGAAUGUCGUAGUCAGUCUACGUGCGGAAAAUGUUCUAAACGUCAUAACACCGUACUUCAUCUGGAAAAUAUAGAAAGAAAAGAGUCGUGUGAUUCCGCGUCGACUGUGUCUGUGUCUUCGUUAGCAGCGUGUAACACAAUGUCGAGUAGAAAACAAGUAUUGCUCGCAACAGCAAUCAUAAUAGUAAACGAUAAAGAUGGCAAGCCUCAUGAGUGUCGUGCGCUUCUAGAUUCUGCUUCACAGUCCAACUUCGUAACAGAGAAUUUAUGUAAAAAGCUCAAAUUAAGCACUAAACCAAUAAAAAUAAAUAUCUCGGGAAUCGGGCAAGGAGAAUCUCAAAUAACUAAGCAUAUUAAUCUCGUAAUUAAUUCACGUUUAAACUCUUUUAAGGCUAAAUUAUCGUGCUUAGUGUUACCUAAUAUAACAACUAAUAUUCCAAGUGCAUCUUUCGAAAUUGAUAAUUUGAAUAUCCCGGAUGAUUUGCGCAUGGCAGAUCCUGAAUUUUUCGAGUCAAACCCCAUUGACAUUUUGAUGGGCGCGUCCAUUUUUUGGGAUCUCUUGUGUCAGGGACAAAUUCAAUUAGGGGCAAAUUUACCCACUUUACAAAAAACGCAUUUCGGUUGGAUUAUCUCCGGUUCAUUAUCGCUAAUACAAGAACCAAAAAAUUCUCUUUGUUACUUAACAAAAACAAUUGAUCUUAAUGAUCAGAUGUGCAGAUUUUGGGAGUUGGAGGAUCAAUAUGUUACCUCGAAAAUUGACAUUUUAAAAAAUUGUCCUCUCGAAAAUCAUUUUAACAAAAACACACAAGUCACUUCUGAAGGUCAUAUGACCAAACUUGAUAAGGAUGACCCGCGAGAGCCUAGCUAUUACAUACCACAUCACCCUGUAAUAAAAUUAUCAUCGCAUACAACAAAACUCCGUGUUGUUUUUGACGCUUCGGCAAAAACAACAAAUGGGAAAUCGUUGAACGAUAUUUUAGAUCCGGGCGUCCCGAUGCAAAAUGAUUUAUUUGAAAUUUUAUUGCGAUUUAGAAAAUAUCUCUUUGUAGUAACGGCAGACAUCGCUAAGAUGUACCGCCAAGUUUUAGUAAAUGAUUCUCAAAGAAAGUUGCAACGCAUAAUUUGGCGUUUUCAUCCCCCCAUUUGCCGAUUGACACUUAUGAGUUAA